AUGUCAGCCCUAACUAUGAGCAGCAGACAAGGCUACGAUGGGCUUGAAAAAACGCUGAAGGAAGUCUUCAGUGAACGAAGCAACAUCCUGCACCAGCUCUCCAAGACAUCAAAGGAGCUGGACAGCAUAAAAGGCAACAUUCAGUCGCUGAAAAAUGAUGACUCAGUGGCCAAGAAGGACGUGCAGAGGAUUCUGGAUCUCAGCCACAAACAGAGAGAGGAGAUGAAGUCCCUCCAGGCAGCCUUGCAGAAGCAGCUGGACGAGGCAAAUGAGAGAGCAGAGAAGCAGCAGGCCACGAUCAAAUUAAUUAAAGUGGAGAUGGAGAAAAAAACCAAAAUCAUCAAGGAUUUACAGCAAGAGAAUAAGAGCCUGAAAAAUAAAUUACUCUCGGGAAACAAACUCUGUGAUGCCUAUGCUGAAGAGUCCAAAAAAAUCCAGGCUCAACUGAAAGAACUGCGGUACGGGAAAAAGGAUUUAAUUUUUAAGGGGCAGCAGCUAAUGGACUUGGAGCACAAGUUAACUAUAGCCAAGGAAGAGCUGGAGAAGACUGCACUCGACAAGGAGUCUCAGCUGAAGGCGCUGAAGGACACAGUUCACAUCUGCUUCUCAGCUGUCAUGCAAAACCAACCCAGCAGCAGUCACAGAUUUCCCACUUCCCCCACCCACUUGUUCAGAUACUCAUCACUCAUCAACAGCUCGAGAGUCACCUUUCAGCAGCCACACGCCAAGGAUAUCUCCAAAGUUCAGAGAAUUGUCACUGCCAGUAAAUCACCCAUGAACAUUGGAGUAAUGAGGAGAGAGAAUGGCAGCGGUAAAGAGUGCCAGAUGGAAAAGACGGGGGGCGACUGCUUCAAGAAUCAGACGGAGGAAUCAGCCGCAGACAGUAAAAAGCUACCAGAGGAACAGCAGCAAAGGAGCCAAGCGCAGACUGGAAAAUUCAACACAAAGCCCUCAGACGGCAGCGAGGAGGCAGAGGGAGGCAGCAGCAGCAAAAAGACAAAGCCACACAAAUACAACUGA